AUGCGCCUCGACCUCAUCGCACUUGCAUUCGCCACCGCCGCUCUUGCGACGACUCCAGUCGACAUGGCGCCGCGCGGCACCCACACGGGCGACUUUGGCGGGUACGCGCGCAUCACGACCACGGCUAAACGCGUCAACUGCCGCGCUGGGCCACACCUCACCUCCCGCGUCGUCCUGCAGCUCCAGCCCGGCGCGAGCGUCCGUGUGCUGCCCAAGUGUCUAGUCGACGGCGACGCCGUCGGCAGCUCGACCAAGUGGCUCGAGUACUUUGACUACCUCACCACCGACGACGACAAGGCCCACUGCUUCUUCAGCGCCGACAUCACAAUGAAGCUCCCCAUCACUGUACUGGCUUUCAUCGCCCUCGUCGCCGCGGCUCCAACGCCAGACGCCGCGACCGACGCCACGGCCAACACCGACGCCGCGACCGUCGAGUCCCGCGCCCUUUCCACCGCGUGGGUCUGGCACGAGUAUGCGUCCUGCCGGGGCGCCCCUGGCACCGGGUACGCCGAGGUGCACCGCUACUACAGAAAGGACCGCUUCCGCGUGUCCUGCUACACUCGUAACGAAAAGGUCGGGCUCACCAACGUGUGGCUCGCUUCCGAGGACCGUCGCUGCUGGGUCUCGGCUGCGGAUGUCGUGAGAACCAGCGGCAAGACGUGGGGUAGCUACUGUCUCUGGACGUAG